CAAGCAACCGAGCUGGUCUUGUGCAAAGCUGCCCCCCUCUCUCUUUCUCUCUCAAUAAUAUUUGAUACCAUAGACUACAAGCUCUCAUUCAGGUUGAGGUUCCUAGCUCAUAGUUAGAGAUGCUUACUGUUUGCUUGAUGCUUUUACUUAUAUGAUCUCUCUGGUUGAACUCUUAUUCAACCAAGGAGAUUAGUUCUUCUUCAAUUCAUUCAUGGAGCAACCACAAUUCUUGCUGUGGACCAAGAGAAGGCACAACCUCAGCUCUCACUUGAAGCUGGGCAACAAUACUUCUUCGCAUGACGAUUCGUGGGAAGAACAAGCUUUUGCCGAGGAUGCUUCUGGUCCUCUCGGCGGCUGCAUAUGGCCCCCGAGAUCUUACUCUUGUAGCUUCUGCAGGAGAGAGUUCCGAUCAGCCCAGGCUCUCGGUGGCCACAUGAAUGUCCAUCGGAGAGAUAGAGCCAGGUUGAAGCAGUCAGGCGGUGAAAUCCUCAAUUCUCACGAGCAUCAAAACCAACCAAAUCAGAUCCAAGGUCCCUUUGUGCCUUUAGGUUUGCCAUAUCCUUCUCAAGCAUACGCUACAGCUCUCUCUCACAAGCCUAACCCUAAUUGUGAUUACUCUCCCUUUGUAUCCUCGACCUCAUCAACUUCUAGGGUUUCAGCCCCACCGAGUGAAGCCAGUUGCAAUGAACAAACCUCGAAAAUCCCUUCCUAUUCUUCCUUCUUAGUGAAUGAAAAUUGCACCAAGUCCCCGAUUCAUUCACCUCAAUCUAAGCCACAAACAGUCAGCCAUCGGUAUCGGCAUCCCAUGAAUGCCAUAAUUGGAGAGAAGAAUCCGAGAAUUAUCAAACAACGAGGCAUGGAUAAAGAGGAUCCUGGAAAAACCGAUUUAGCGGUAAGCUGGAAUUUGGUAAUCCGGACUCGGCCAAAUCCAUUGGACGAUGAAAUAGAGGAGUCUCGCAGUUGUAAGAAGAGGAGGACCGAUGAAUCAUCACUAUUACCUUUCUUCAUGAAGACUAUCGCUGUUGAUAGAAAUCACUGCCAGGAGCCAUGUGCAUUCAGCUCUAGCCCAGGAGAGGACCUAGAUCUCGAGCUACGGCUCGGUGAUCGGCCCAAGGUAAAGCUGCAAAGCUGAAUUUGCUUAAAUUGUUUGUCCUGAUUGCCAUAUCGAUCCGUCCGUUGUUCUUCUUGCUUCUUCUUCUGCCCCCCUUCCCCUUGUUCUUCUUUUUCCUUUGAUCUGAAGGGUCAAGGGCAUGUCUGUGAUAUAUGUUUGAUCACUUGACCAAGUUUGAAACAGUGUGGAUUUGUAAGGUGCAAGGAUACAAUAGAAAUCACACGGCAAAGUUUGAUCUUCUCACACUUCCCUACACAAAUGGAUUUAUAUAUAGAUAUAUAAUAACCUUUCUUUAUAAAUGUACAAAUAACUGCUUUGAUUCAACCGAUCUAGAGAGGUCUGUUCUAUUUGUUGUUUCUCACGCUUUUCACAUCUCUGGAGUAUGAAUAAUAUUAGGUUUCACAUUCCAUUUGAGUCGAGUCGAUGGCUUCAAGGCCAGAUUAAUGAACCUUUCCUCUCCUUGGUAUA